AUGACUGGAGAAACUGUGGACGUUCAGAGGGAAUCUUUCUGGAAACAGCAUCAGAACACGCUGGUGCAGCUGCGUCAGGAUCUCUCGUCAGGCAGGCGACGGAAGCCAAACCUCAGUCCUACUGUAAGCACAGCACCUGUGACCUCUAAGACAACUUUCACCAAGAAAUCUCAGCAUCCACCUUUUGGGAAGUAUCGCAGGACACCACCGCCGUACUUGCCCAAGUUGAAACUCCCAGAUGAUCGAGACAAAAAGUCCCUGGCCAGCAGUCCCACCAAGUUCCGUGUGGUGCCCCCUGUGAAACCAAAGCAGGCAUUUGUUGCAGAUUAUGACAGCUGGGGAGAGGAGACUGACGAUGAGGAGGAGGAUUAUGCAGAUGACAGCAGCGAUAAGAGAGAUGGUAGGCACAAACCUACAGGUGGUCAUGCAAAGUCAGGCCAUCUGAAGAAACCACGCAAACAUUACAAACCCAAGCCUCACCCCCAGACCCCUUCACACCUGCCUCCAUCAGUGGUUUAUGGGGCCCCCUUUCCUGUAUACUACCCGCCUCCACCCAAGCAUGCAAGUAGGAGGAGGAUACAUCAUAGGAAGAAACCAGACAGGAGAAGGAAGAGCCAGCAGCCACUUCAGCCGGUGUCUUCAUCCAGGAUUCCUGUCUCCAAGAAGAAGAGGGCACGACUGCAGACAGUCGGUGGUGCACACACAGCGCCUGCCACAGCAGUCCGGCACCCACAGACAUGCACUGAUGAUGAUGGGGAGGAGGAGGACGGUGGACAGGCGGAUGAGUCUGCACAUGCAGCUCUUCUCUACAUGAAGCACCACCCCCUGUUUGCCAACGACUUCACUGACUGGUUCGUCCAGGACUGCCUGCACACAGAACUUCUGCCGGACUUCCUCAUCGAAACUUUCACAGAAAUCAGGCACAUGCCCUACAAUCAUCGCUUGUACGUUCCAACUCUGUAUUGCUGUGAAGACAUCCUUGCAGAUCAUGUUUCUGAGAUGAUUACGAGUAUUGUGCAUGAAACAGUCACAGAAAUGGCAUACGAUUACAUUGACCUCCAACGUGACCCACUUGAAGAGUUUCUCACCACACUCAUCGAGGAUGUGGUCAUGCUGGGUGUACGAGAGAUUGUUCGAUCCUCAGUGGUGGAGCUGGCAGAGCAGUACAUGAAGACACAGUUUGCCAUAGGAAUCAUGCAUGGUUUGGUGGAUGAGCACUUGGAUGAGAUUAAGACUGACUUGCUGGAAGAAGUUCAGUUUGACCUUGCCGCAGAAACUGUCAUUAUGUCAGAGGUCAUCGGUCCUGAGGUGAAAGAGGAGGCCCAGCUGGUGGCGGCAGAGGUCCUACAGAACUACGACAACAAGGUCAUGAGGCGGCAGUUGCGGGAGGUGAAACAUCUAGCAGAUCUGAAGUUGGCAGAUGGGAUGGUGAUGGAAUUCAUCUUGUCUGUGAUAUCACAGCAAGGACAGUUGUGGACAGAAGAUGACCACUUGGACAGACACCUUGAUGAUUUGAUCUUCAAUGAAAGUUUUCAUCAAAUCUUCACCAUCAGCAAGGAGCGAAACAAAACAGUUUACUGUAAGCCUCUACAUAAACUUCACGAGAAGGCAGUCUCUGAUGUGGCCUUGGAUGUUUUCCUCCAGCAGCUGUCCCGGUCUCUAGAUGAGGAUCUGGCCGAUGUGGAUGAAUACGAGAGAGGUGUCACAGUUCCCGUCAGUCACAGGUGA